CUUAGGCCGGGGAGCGCUCUGCGCCACCGCCGCCAUGCUCAAUAUGUGGAAAGUCCGGGAGCUGGUGGACAAGGCCACCAACGUGGUUAUGAAUUAUUCAGACAUUGAGUCUAAGGUUCGAGAAGCAACCAAUGAUGAUCCAUGGGGACCUUCAGGGCAGCUCAUGGGAGAGAUUGCCAAAGCUACAUUUAUGUAUGAGCAGUUUCCAGAACUUAUGAACAUGCUUUGGACUCGAAUGUUGAAAGAUAAUAAAAAGAACUGGAGGAGAGUUUAUAAGUCUUUGCUGCUCCUAGCUUACCUCAUAAGGAAUGGAUCAGAGCGUGUUGUUACGAGUGCCAGAGAACACAUUUAUGAUUUGCGCUCCCUGGAAAAUUACCACUUUGUAGAUGAGAAUGGCAAAGACCAAGGUAUAAACAUACGCCAAAAGGUGAAAGAAAUGGUAGAGUUUGCCCAGGAUGAUGAUCGACUUCGUGAAGAGAGGAAAAAGGCAAAGAAGAACAAAGACAAAUACAUUGGGGUUUCUUCUGACAGUGUCGGAGGGUUCAGAUAUGGUGAAAGAUAUGAUUCUGAGCCCAAGUCAAAAUGGGAUGAAGAAUGGGAUAAAAACAAGGGCGCUUUUCCAUUCAGCGAUAAACUAGGUGAACUGAGUGACAAAAUUGGAAGCACAAUUGAUGAUACCAUCAGCAAGUUCCGGAGGAAAGAUAGAGAGGACUCUCCUGAAAGAUGCAGUGAUAGUGAUGAGGAAAAGAAAGCAAGAAGAGGUAAAUCCUCCAAAGGUGAAUUCAAAGAUGAAGAGGAGACGGUGACGACCAAACAUAUUCAUAUAACACAGGCCACAGAGACCACCACCACCAGACACAAACGCACAGCAAAUCCUUCCAAAACCAUUGAUCUGGGAGCAGCAGCACAUUACACGGGAGACAAAACAAGUCCGGAUCAGAAUGCAGCUCAUACCCCACAAUCUACAGUAAAGGCUUCAGGACCCCCUGGCAGCAAGUCUUCUAAUGAUCUGUUUGAUCUGUUUGAUGGUGCUGGCCAGCCAAUCUCAACAGGUGGUUCAACUGACCCGUUUGGAGGAUUCGCUGACUUUGGCUCUGCUGCUGCCUCAGCAAGUUUCCCCUCCCCACAAGGUACAGCAGCAAGUGGGAACGGAGACUUCGGCGACUGGAGUGCCUUCAACCAAGCCUCUCCCUGUCCCAGUGCUUCAGCAGGAGAGCACUUCGGUGGCACUGCCCAACCAGCUGUAGAGCUCUUUGGUAGCUCGCAGCCAGCUCUUGGCCAUCCUCCAGCUGCCUCAAAUUCUACUGACCUCUUUGAUUUGAUGGGCUCCUCUCAGGCAACCAUGGCUUCUUCACAAAGCAUGAAUUUUGCGAUGAUGAGCUCUAGUGCGGUGGGCAUCAGUCUACCCAUGUCAAGGUCACAGCCUUUGCAGAAUGUUAACAGUAUGCUGCAGAAGCCCAGUCCUCUUUAUAAUCCGAGUACAGAGAUGGUCCAAAAAAAUGCCAGCAAAACUCUACCAUCCACUUGGUCAGACCCCAGUGUAAAUAUCAGUUUGGACAAUUUAGUACCUGGUAUGCAGCCUUCCAAACCCCAGCAGCCAUCGCUUAAUACAAUGAUUCAGCAACAGAAUAUGCAACAACCUGUGAAUGUGAUGACUCAAAAUUUUGCAGCCGUGAGCCUCAACUCCCAGUCCAACGUGAUGCCUGUUCGAUCCCCAACAAGUUCAUUGAUGGGAGGGCCCAUUCCUGUGGGAAUGGGGAUGCCCAAUGUUAUGACGGGUACAAUGGGUAUGACCUCCUUGGGAAACACGCCUAUGAUGAACCAGGGAAUUAUGGGCAUGAAUGUGAACGUGGGGAUGCCAGCUGCUGGAAUGGGUUUGACAGGCACAAUGGGCUUGGGGGUACCCAAUAUAGCUAUUUCCUCUGCUAUGACUCCUGGAACUGUGCAACCCAAGCAAGAUGCCUUUGCCAAUUUUGCCAAUUUUAGCAAAUAAAGAUUGUAAAGAAUUGGUCAGAGUGAAUGAAGGAUUUUUAGCUGCACAAAUAGAGCUGGGGGAGGGAUGGAGAACACUGAUCAAUACCUUUUUUCCUUUUAUCAGUUAAUUAAAAUGAACCUACAUAAAGAACCAAAAGGCUAUUUUGUAAAUGCUGAAACACCUAGCGUUCAAGCUCUGGGGAGACGAAAGGUUCUUCUGAUGAAUCAAUUGGAUGACUUUGCAAUUAAGAGGCCAUUGUUUUGUAGCAAGACCAUCAAAAGCCUUUCUAGAUGGAAGAACCAAUUUUAACAUUGAAACUUGUGGGGAGACUGGAAUGGGGGUUGGGUAAAUCUGUUUGAAUCUAAUUUUAUACUUUUCUUUUUUUUCUUGAAGAGCUUGAUUUUUCUCUCCCUGAAUCGCUUUGUCAUAAUUGAAGCCAUUCCUUUUACUACCACUCUGAGUCCAUAUUUGAAGUCACUCAAGUACAAUGAUCAGUUUUUUAUAAGAAUAUAUAUUUUUGUCCAAAAAAAAAAAAUGGCUUACAUAUGUGCUUAUGGCU